AUGGCAUAUGUUGAAGAAAACUUAAUCCAGAAUCAAUCAACUUCUUUCAAUGAUAAAGAAGGUCUUUCAUCUGAUAAGAAAUUGGAAUCCAAUGUCAUUGAAGCUGAGGGUAUCAAUGAUGUUCAAGAAGCAGGAAGCUCUGCUAGCUCUGAUCUGACAGCUAGAACAGACACCUUGACUGAAAAAGAUGUAGAGAAAGGUUCUGCUCAAUUGCCUCCUGUUGUAGACGACGAAGGCCCUGAUGGUGGCUAUGGAUGGCUCGUCGUUUUGGGAGCGUUUGCUGUUCAGAUUACCAGUUUUGGUGUUGUUUCUAGUUGGUAA